CCGACGCAUUUCUUGCAGCCUUCCGCCGCUUCGUCUCCCGCCGAGGCCUGUGCGAGGAGAUGUACUCAGAUUGCGGCACGAAUUUCACUGGAGCGGAUAAAGAAUUGCGUAGGCUGUUUCAAGCGUCGAGCUCCGACGGCCGCCGCAUCGCUCACGCCGCUGCCACGACCGGAAUCAAGUGGUCCUUUAAUCCACCUGCCGCACCCCACUUCGGAGGACUGUGGGAGGCUGCGGUCAAAUCCACGAAGCAUCAUCUUCGGCGGAUCAUCGGAGACGCUACGCUCACAUUUGAAGAGAUGAGCACUUUCUUGGCCGAAGUCGAGGCAUGCCUUAAUUCUCGUCCUUUGCAGGCCCUGUCAGACGACCCGGACGACCUUUCAGCACUUACGCCGGGCCACUUCCUGAUUGGGGCUCUUCUCCUGGCCAUCCCCGAGCCAUCACGGGCCGAGCAGCCAGCCAAUACUCUCUCCCGCUGGCGCCUUCUGCAAGGUAUGCGCGAUCACUUCUGGCAUCGGUGGUCACAGGAACAUCUCCACGGACUGACUCACCGGCCGAAGUGGCUUAAAGCCGAGCACGCCCCAGACGUCGGAGACUUGUGCCUCCUGCGAUCGGAGGCGUCACCACCGAGUCGAUGGCCAUUCGCCCGGAUCACCCGCCUGCACCCCGGCGACGACGGCGUCGUGCGCGUGGUGACCGUCCGCACAGUCACAUCCGAACUCACUCGGCCACUUGUGAAGAUCGUGUUGCUUCCGAAAGCCGCGGACUCGAUCGCCUCGUAA